AUGGAUGAGGGUAUCGAGCACAUGGAGCAGGUCCUGGUCCACAACAUGGAUUGGGUCGGGGACAGAGCCAUGGACUGGCCGGAUGGCAGUCGUGACGUACAGGUGUAUGAGGUGGAGGCGAAUGGGGAAAUUGAGGCCACGGUGUGGGGCCUGCUGGAUGAGGCGUACGGCGGCAAGGAGCCCGAGGUGAACCGGCGGCAGCACAGCCAGAUCGUCAUCAUCAACCCGUCCAAGCUCCGGAUGAAGUCCAUGCUUCCCCCCGCCGGGGGAAACAAAAACACACACGUGGACGGGGGACACGCCGAUGCCGUACAGGCGCAGCGUGAGAGGGCGGCAGCGGAAGUGGACUUUUUGGAGGCCUGGAAGAAGGGAAUGAUGACGUCAGCUCACGUGGUGGAGCAGGAGGCUGGCUUUCUUUACCGGUAUCGGUACGGCGGCCGCGGCGGCGGGGCGGCUUUCGUUGGGCAGUACAACUUCUUGCUCAUUGACAUUAGCGCGGGACCUGUGUCGUACGGGCCGUUGGCGUCCCCGUCGGGCGCCGUAACGCCAACCGCCAUGCCGCGACUCAUGCCCAUGUUGCUCCGAAUGACCCGGGAGUUGGAGACCCACCCCCAGCCCGGGACACUUCGUCAGUUCAUGCUGGAGGAGGCGGCACGCGGGCAGGCGGCCGUGUUUGCCGGGCAGCUGGCCUCCACUGUAGCCGCCGCCACCCGGCACCUGUUUGCCUCGGACCUGAUGAUGGCGGCUGCGGACGGGUUGGGCGCGGGGGAGGGGGGAAUGCCCAAGCGGGUGGUGGUGCCCAUCAUCGUCAUGCAGGACCAUGUUCGGGAGUUGGAGCACGAGGGUGACGGUACUCGCUGGAUCGACACCGACAUGAUUCAGUUGGCGUUGGACGAGAUGCUGCCCCCGGAGGUGGCCGGGUCGGUGUCGGUCAGUCGGCACAUGCUGCACCACCACAAGCUGCUGGCCAGUGCGCUGGUGAAGGCGAGGCACUCUAGGUCGGACACGGUGUUGUUGCAGCCCCCCGAUGUGGGUCUGCAUAAAUCCCAGGUAACCUCCCUUGACUCGGCGCUUCUGUUACGGGAGUUGCGGUUGGCGGCUGCGGAUGACGACUUGAUGGGCGGGUUGGUUGAUGUCGUUGGCGGGGAUGACUAUCAUGCAAGGUGGUCGUACUCCGAGGAUCCAGACGCGUUCCUGGCGAAGAGAAAGCGGGAGACAAAGGUGCUCCCCGUGUUUGUGUUUUCCCUGGAGCGGGCUCCGGAGCACCUGAUGUUUGACAACCACCAGUUGGUUGCAGCGGCGUCCGACGUGGUUGCUGUACUGCAACUGCUGGGAAGUCCGCUGUCGGACGAAAACAACCCCCGUGGCCGCACGUACAGCGGCCACAUGGCGGAGUCCCACCACCUCAUGCUGGAUGCGGCGGAGCAGCCGUCUCGAUCCGUCAUUGGGGGGCUUGCUACAGCCCUGGGGGGUAUGGUGCCCGUACAGCAGCGCUACUGCCGGGCGGAGCGAGCCCUUGUGGAGGAUUGGAGGUGGUCGGUGGGUGCCGUGCCCUGGGGGCCGUACUCGAACUAUACGGCAUUAAGUUCUGUGUUCGCCGCCACAGCGCGCCGCAAUCUGCUGGUGGCGCGAAUUGAGCGGCCGCUGCGGAAGUUGAUCAGCUCGCUAAACAAACUGGAUGACUUUAUCGUGAAGCAUCUGCAGGGGCCCUUCGCCUACCUACGGCGCAGGAAGAGCGGCGUCGCCAUGCCCGUGUACGCGCCGGCGGCGGCGACGUACGGCGAGGGGACGCCCGCGCCGCUGUACCACAACAUGCCGAAUCACCACCUGCUGGACGACCUUGCCAGGCUGCACAUCCGUUACCACAACGGCUCUAGUGCCGUACACUCGGCCAAACGAAUUGUACGACACCUUAUGGCCGGCAUGAAGAUGAAUCCUGGAUCCAAGGCAAACAACGACAGCACAUCCACCACUUCGGAAGCCCAUCACAACCACCACCGACAGCAGGUCCAACAACCUCAACCACCGCCACACCACCGCGGCCGGCACCUCCAAGGAUUUGAAUCCCCCCAGCACGAUGACGUGGACGGGCACGGUUUUCCAGGUCAACACGACUCGUACAACCACCACUCCGGUGACGAAAACAAUCACCAACAUUACCAAUUUCAUUACGAACAUCACUACGAAAACGGAGAGCACCAUUUUACGGAGGGAGGCGAGUACGACCCCAACGCGUACGACCAUCCCGCACUGUUGUCAGAGGAGGAGGUUACGGCACGUACGGCAAACGCAGCGGCGGGUGGACGUGAUUCUUCCUCCUCAGCUAACCAUGGGGGUGUUAACCGAGCGGACUUGCUGGAGGAGCAGCAGGCUUUGACUCCCGAUGUGGCUCUUCGAUUACAGACCGCUUUGGAUUCCAUCGGCAGCCAGUUGGAGUCCAUCAGCUACCUCAUGUUCAAUCGCAAUUGGGCGGAGCUGGAGGACCUUCUGGCCCCCUUCUAUGUGGCUGUCAACCUCUUCGCCGCCGCCGUUGACCAAGACCUUCACCACGCGUCGGAGGUCGUCGCUUGCUGUGCCGUACGACAUGUACCCACCGGCUCCGGAACCUGGUUUGUCGUGGGCCUCGUGGUUACCUUGCUGGGCGUGUUUGGCAUCAUUGCUGCACUGGCGAUCCGCAGCCAGAAGCUGUACGGCAGUAUGUUGGUCGGCAGCCCCCGCGGCGGCCUCGGCAGCAGCGGUGGGGGAGUUUACGGGGGUGUGGAUGCAUGCCCUGCUGAAGGUGGCAUCAGGCCCUCUAUGGAUUUGUUUGGCGAUGGCCCCACUGAUCUGAGGGGCGGCUCUGGCGGUGAUGGUGACAGCGACUCAAACGGCGGAGUGCUUGCAGGUGCACGUGCUAAGUAA